UCCGUUUUUACCUCAACAGAAAAUGCCCUCGCUAGGGCACGAACAAGAUGAAUUGGGACGCCCGCCUUCGAGAUAUUUUCAGGGUGCUAUAUAUUGCACAGUAGCGGCAUUCUUUACUUCUCUCUCCCUCUCUCAAAACCUCUCCAAAACCCUAGUCUGCGAUUCUCUGCUCCACUCCUUUGUAGUGGUAUUCUUAAGUUUAUUUAAGUUCGAAAUGGCAUAUUUGAGAAGCAUUGGAGGCUUUAUAAAGCAAAGUGCAUCCAGAAGUGGAGUUCCUGGUGGAGUAAAUCAAAUGAUGUCUAUGCUUAAUGCAGUACGCUAUGCAUCAUCUACAAAGCUAUUCAUUGGAGGACUGUCAUAUGGGACUGAUGAUCAAUCUCUCAGGGAUGCCUUCUCAGGUUAUGGAAAUGUUACUGAGGCUAGGGUUGUGACUGACAGAGACACUGGGAGGUCAAAGGGAUUUGGCUUUGUGAAUUUUGAUAGUGAUGACUCAGCAAGCAGUGCCUUAUCUAGGAUGGAUGGUCAAGAAUUAGAUGGUCGGAACAUACGUGUUAGUUAUGCAAACGAACGUCCUAGUGGUGGUUUCCGUGGUGGUGGCGGCUUUGGUGGUGGUUAUCGUGGUUAUGGUGGUGGAGCAGGCAAUGAUGAUUUUGGUAGAGAUUCAGGGAAGGGAUUCUAAUUUUUUGCUUUUCUGCUUUUGAUUUUGGUAAGCUUUUGUGUUUUGUAGGACACAUGGUGUUCUUUUAAUGUAACGUUUGGGACAUUGAGCAUCUGUUUUUGGAUUGGCCUCCAAUCAUUCUAAUGACAAAUUUCUCAAUGUGGCUUGCCGUAA